CGUAUCCAUCAGUGAGAUUAGUAGUUUUGUGAACACAACAAAGAAUGUUAAGGGUAACCAGAGAGGUUUGGCGCAAGCACAACAGGCGUCUUUUACCUGUAAGUUGCUACUCCACAACCAGCGAUCUCCCUUCAGAAGCAGAUGUUGUAAUUAUAGGUGGAGGCAGCAUUGGCUGCAAUACAUUUUAUCAAUUGGCGAAGAAGGGCGUCAAAACCGUACUGUUAGAAAGGAACAAAAUUACUAGCGGAACAACUUGGCAUACAGGUGGAUUGGUUUGGAGGCUACGUCCCAGUGAUAUUGAUAUUCAGCUAUUAACUUCUACGACCGAACAACUACAAGCGUUGGAACAAGAAACAGGUUUAAAUCCGGGUUACGUUCAAGAUGGCGGUCUUUUCAUAUCACGAACGGAGGAGCGGCUCAAAGAAUAUAAACGGCUGAAAACUUUGGGCUCCUACUUUGGAAUUCAAAGCGAGAUUAUUUCUUCAGAUGAAGCGGCGAAAAUCCACCCCCUAUUGAACCCUAAAAAUUUUAAUGACGCUCUAUACAGUCCCAGUGACGGUUGCUUGGAUCCAUCCAUGCUUUGUGCCGCCCUCACUAAAGGCGCGCGAAACCACGGCGGGAAGUUAGUCGAGGAUUGUUCGGUUACAGGAAUUCUGGUGGAGAAAGACUCAGAGUUUCGCAAAGUGGAGGGCGUUGUAACGAAAUCGGGCACGAUUCGCACCAAAGCCGUGGUAAAUGCUACCGGAGUUUGGAGUAGAGAAAUUGCGAGGAUGGUAGGGGUUGAAAUACCUCUCGUGCCCAUUAAGCACGCCUACGUAAUCACCGAGAGCAUUCCCCAGGCUAAAGGUACACCAAAUAUCCGCGACCACGAUGCUUCGAUCUAUUAUAGAACGCAAGGAGACACCCUGUACGUUGGAGGUUAUGAAAUCAACCCCGAGAUCAUUAAGGAUGUCCAAGCAGAUUUCGCUUUCGGCUUAUACGAAUUGGAUCUAGAUAUAUUUGGAAUACACCUGAAGGAAGCAAACGGUCUCACGCCUAUCAUGGAGAAAAUUGGUAUCAAGUCGAACAUUUGUGGUCCUGAAUCCUUCACUCCCGACCAUCGGCCCCUAAUCGGCGAAGAUCCACGAGUCUUUGGGUUUUAUCAUGCGUGCGGCUUAAAUUCGGCUGGAAUGAUGUUUGGUCCAGGCAUUGCGAAGGAGUUGGCGAGUUUAAUUGUUCACGGUUCAUCGGAUUUGCCAAUGUUUGUAUUUGACAUAGCUCGAUUUACUCCAGGUAUGCAAAAAAAUCGCCCUUGGGCUACUGAAAGGAGCCAAGAGGCAUACGCCAAGAACUACAGUAUCGUAUUCCCAUACGACCAGCCACUUGCUGGCCGCAAUUUCAAGAUAGAUGCUUUCCACGAGGCUUGCGUCGCUCGCGGGGCCGUCAUGGAGCAGGCACAGGGAUGGGAACGUCCGGCGUAUUACAUUAAAAACAAAACUGCACCAGUUCGCGAUUACGAUUGGUACGGCGAAUACGGCUACGUCCGCAACUCUGAUAAGCGCUACGAGGAGGAACUCGAAAGAGAACUCACCUUUGAUUUCUCCAAACAAACUGACUUGAUCCGCGAAGAAGCACUAUCCGCGCGCACAAACGUGGCAUUAUUCAACAUAUCAUACUUUGCCAAAAUGUAUCUGACAGGACCAGACGCGCAAAAAGCCGCAGAGUGGAUUUUUACAGCAAACACCGACCGUCCCGCCGAAAAAAUCAUAUACAGUUGUGCACUUAAUAAAGCUGGAGGAACAGAAAGUGAUUUAACAAUAAUUGGACUUAACCAAGGAGUCGGAACUUUAGUUGGACCUAUUAUAAAGGGCAAAGGUUAUUACAUCGUGGCCGGAGGCGCUUCAGGAUAUCACACUAAGAUGCAUUUGCGAAGAGAAAUUAAAAGGCACGGACUUAGUGCAACUAUUACUGAUGUUACCGAAAGACUGGGAAUACUAUCAAUUCAAGGGCCCAAAAGUCGCGAACUCCUUCAAUCGUUGACUGAUCAUCCGCUCAUCGACGAGAAGCUGCCCUUUGGAAUGUCGACCCUGAUCAAAAUUGAGGGGCAUUCUUGCAGGGUGUUUAGGCUCAGUUUCAUUGGCGAGUUGGGUUAUGAAGUUCACAUCCCCCGAGCUUCUUGCAUAUCAGUCUAUAAUAAAGUGGAGCAAGCGGGAAGAAGGUUCGACAUGAGGCACGCCGGUUACCGCGCAUUGUACUCGUUGAGUUGCGAAAAAGGUUACCACUUGUGGAAUGUGGAUUUGAGAAGUGACGACAAUCCGGUAGAGGCAAGCCUUGGGAUGACUUGUCGAAAGAAUGGUAUGUAUCUAGGCAAGGAAGCCGUGGACCGUUUGAAAAAAGAAGGUGUGAAAAAACUAAGGGUAUUUGUUACCUUGAACGACCAAAUUCCGCUUUGGGGCAACGAAACUAUUUGGAGGAAUGACCAAAUUAUUGGAUUCCUGCGAAGAGGAGACUAUGGAUACUUUUUGAAAAGCAGCAUCGGACUCGGUUACGUUAAAAACCCAAGCAAUGAAAACGUCACGAAAGAGUUUCUAACUACCGGAAAGUACGAAGUGGAAGUUAUGGGAAAAAGAUAUCCAGCAAACGUACACUUGGAAAGUCCGUUUGAUCCCACAAAUCAACGUCUUGCAGGGUAUUAUGAACAUCAACUUCGAGAACAGGAACGUGUAGAAGAUUCAUAUUAUUAUAACUAAUUUAUAAGUUCCUUAUGCAACGAUAUGGUCUAAAUGGAUAUGUAACGAAAUUUGUUUCUGAAAUAUAACCUGGCUGCGGAUUAACUGUA